AUGGGUCUCGCAGCAGCAGUGCUCCUGCUGGCGGCGUCGGCGGCGGUCGGGCGCGAGCUGGGCGUCCCGCCGCUGCGCCUCGACGGGAACGAGGUUGGUUCCCUUGGCAGUGGAAUGCUAGUCGACGACGAGCCAGUCAACACGCUGACGCUCCUUCUACCACUGCUGCGACUGAAACCAGUGAGUCCCCGCCCACAUGUCCAGACAAGUUCCAAGAGGUGGGCGGAGUCUGCCUGCACCUUGCAAGUUCCAGGCAAGUGUCGUGGGAGGAGGCGCGCCUGUACUGCCAGCGCCUCGGGGGAGACCUGGUCCACGGCCUCUGGAACGCGGAGGUCGGCCAGAGCUUCGUGCGGAAUACGUCUCCCGCCGGGGACUCCAUCGUGUGGGUGGGAGGCCAUGACCAGGGCGCCGAGGGCCGGUGGGCGUGGCUAUCGGGUGACCCUAUUCCACGAUCUUCGACCUUAUGGGGCAGUUUCCUGUUAAUGAAGCAGCCGAGCGGAGGCAAAAGGGAGAACUGCGCCUGCUUCUAUGGCCCGGACGACUACCAGCUCCACGACAUCCCGUGUAACAGAGAGUACGAACCGCUGUGUCAAGUUGAGCACAGGAACGGUUAGGGAAAAGGAGGGAGAAGGAGGGAGAGAAGGAGGGGUAGGUUGAGGAAGAGAGAGGAAGGGAGGAAGGGAAAGAGAGAUUGAGGGAGGAAGGAGGAGAGGGGAGAGGCAAGUUGAGGAGAAGAGGGAGAGUAAGGAAGUGAGGAAGGGAAAGAGAGAUUGAGGGAAAAGGAGGGAGAGAGGGAGAGGUAGGUUGAGGGAGAAGAGGGAGAGAGGAAGGGAGGAAGGGAAAGAGAG